AUGGUUAAGAAACCAAAUGAAGCUGAGGAUACCCCUUCAACUCUGAAAUGGUCAUGGAGACCAGAGAACGUGGACAACUUCAUUUUGAAAGGAAAAGGAGAAUCUACACAGACACAACUAUUUGAUCAGAAAGUAGUAACCAAUGACCAAAGUGAUUAUCUAUGGUACAUGACUACCGUUAAAUUUAAAAAACGAGAUCUAUUUUUGGGUAAAAGCAUGUCUCUUCGCGUCAACAGUACUGCUCAUGUCCUUCACGCUUUUGUCAAUGGAAAACAUAUUGGUAAUCAACACGCUGAGGAUGGAAAAUUUAACUAUGUAUUUGAGAAAGAUGUGAAGUUUAAGUCUGGUCGUAAUGUCAUUGCUCUUCUUAGCAUAACUGUGGGACUUGCCAACUAUGGUAUUUUCUUUGAAAGUAAGCCAGCUGGAAUCACUGGACCCAUUUUUAUUACUGGAAGAAAUGGUGAUGAAACUAUAGUUAAAGACUUGUCUGCUCAUAAAUGGAGCUAUAAAACCGGUUUAAAUGGGUUUGAGAACCAACUCUUUAGAACGGAAUCAAUGUCUAAAUGGUCGGUUGAAAGUGUACCGUUUAACCGAACCAUGACUUGGUAUAAGGCAACAUUCAAGGCUCCCUUGGGAAAUGAUCCAGUUGUUGUCGAUCUUAUGGGACUUGGAAAAGGUACAGCUUGGGUCAAUGGAAACAACAUUGGGCGUUAUUGGCCGGCAUUCAUUUCAAGCGAAAAUGGUUGUGAUGCAAAAUGUAAUUAUAGAGGGGCUUAUCAUGCUGAAAAAUGUCUGACCAAUUGUGGAGAACCCACACAAAGAUGGUACCAUGUGCCUCGCUCUUUCUUGAAUGCAGAAGGAGAUAACACACUAGUUUUGUUUGAGGAGAUGGGAGGAAACCCAUCGCUUGUCAGUUUCCAAACUACUAGAGUGGGAAGUGUGUGUGCUAACGUCUAUGAGAAUAAAAUUAUUGAGCUUUCAUGCGAUAGAAAACCCAUUUCUGCCAUCAAAUUUGCAUCAUUUGGUAACCCACAUGGCAAUUGUGGAUCUUUUGAAAAAGGAACUUGUGAAUCAAGUAACAACACGGUUGAUAUUCUCACACAAGAAUGUGUUGGAAAAGAGAAGUGUUCCAUUGAUGUCUCUACAAAAAAGUUUGGAGCACCAGAUUGCAGUGGUGCUGCUAGAAAGCUCGCUGUCGAAGUUAUCUGCUAA